AUGGCAGCCACCACGGGCAAAGCAUCGUCCAAAGCGCCAACUCGAAAGGAACCACCUUAUGUCCAAAUGACGCUCAAGGGUCAUGAAAAUGAUGUUGACAGCAUAACUUUCAUCGCUGGGACUCGUCUCCUUGUCACUGUCGCCCAAGACAAGACUCUUCGGGUGUGGGAUCUGGACACGGGAAAACAAGUGGGAGAGCCUUUGUUGGGUCACGAUGAUGGCAUCUGUAGUGUCGCAGGGUCCCCCGAUGGGCGUUGGAUUGUGAGUGGAAGCAGGAAUGGAAGGAUCCUGGUCUGGGAAGUUGCGACAAACAAGAGAGAGCUCAGAAGAGUGCCCAUCUCGUUCAAGGGUGCUGCUUUGAGUCUCAUAUUUGCACCGGACAGCGAGACAUUUGCAAGUACAACAUGGGACUCAACGGUAUGCGUGUGGAAGAGGGAGACGGGAAAAAUGAUCCUGGGACCACUCGAAGUGGGCAGUCAUGCGUUCUCAGUGUCGUACUCCCCGGAUGGGAAAAAACUGGUAGCAGGCACUCAGGCACACAUCAUCGUCUGGAAUGCAGAAACGGGAAAAGAAUUACUCAAAAUAGAACAGGGGGCAUACAGAGUCGCAUUCACUCCAGAUGGUCUCCAUCUCAUCAGUCUAGACGGCGACAUCCGAAUCUCAGAUACUAUCACCGGAGACACCAUCAAACAGUUUGACCCACAUACCGAUGACAUUUACUCACUAUCCAUUGCUCCCAAUGGCACCAAAUUCGCAACCACUUCACGCGACAAGACAGUUCCUCUGACCGAAUCAGAGAAGGACUCCCAACAGUCCACACAGACAAUUCUCAAAAAAACCAUCCCAAGCACACAGCCUCGCCCAAGACGUGCUCCAAUACCGACCAGUGAGUUCUUUCGUGAUUUUGAUCCUGGACGCAAUGACCGCGCUGCAACCACCACGCGCCAUGCUGAAGGGUCCAGAAUCAAGAACAUGAUGAAUCGUCUUUUUUCUCGCUCUUCCUCUCCCCAGGGCCAUACUCCUCGCCCACCCAACAUUCCCCUUGUGGACGUCUCUGCUACACGGGGCAAAUAUCGCACCGCUAAUGCCCACAGUGGAAAAAGACAUCUGCCGAGGCCUGUACAGCCUCGUCGGAAAGCCCACGCCGGUGCCUCAAGCAGCAGCACGGCAGCAGCAGGGACAUCCAAUGUGAUGAGUGGAUCCACAUCGGGACCCUUGCAGACAGGCAAUACCAAUAAUUCUUCUGCAACUAACAGACCCCCUUCUCCGCCGGGCGUCGAACAUGUUCCACACACCAGUUGCUUUGCAGUUCUUGCAAGGUACUUCCCGCGUCUAUCGCGCACUCGACAAACUCGUCCAUCCGCUUCAGGUUCCCCUUAGACUUCCUGUCCUUUCCCUCGUUGCUGCAGAUAUUACUUCAAGAUGUUUCUGACAUUCGAUGAUGCUCCCGGUACAUACCUCUUACCAUACACACCAUUCACUCGUUCAGCCGAAAGAUAUCAGUUGUAACAGGUUUCUUUAUUUGCAUGGAUUGCUUGUACUAGCAGAAUAUAUAACAUUUGAGAGCCUUGCAUGGCGU